AGAGGUCAGCUCACAGUUCAGUCAAGAGGAGACUUUUACCAGAGGCUGGUGUGUGUGUUUGACUGCAUGUAAGUGCAUCAGAAGUGAGUAGGGUGUUUAAGUAAGUCGUCUGAACUCCACUGUUUCAAAAAGACAGAUUCAGGAGGUGCAACAGGAGGGGUGAACGUGUGGGACUUUUGUUUAUUUAUGAGUGUGUUUUCUGCUGGUGACACUGAGGAUGUCUAACUCCACCAUCAACUUCUACGCCCUGCCACAGUCCUUCAGCUUCCCUGACAUUAUUGUCAUAGUAACAUACUUCCUCCUCAACCUCGCAGUCGGCAUUUGGUCAUCGUGCAGGGUGAGCAGGAACACCCUCAGCGGAUAUUUCUUGGCUGGCCGGGACAUGGCCUGGUGGCCGAUUGGAUCGUCCCUCUUUGCAAGUUCAGAGGGCUCGGGUCUGUUUAUUGGUCUGGCCGGGACUGGAGCUGCAGGCGGCAUCGCUGUCACCGGCUUUGAAUGGAGUGCCACCUAUGUGUUGCUGGCAUUGGCCUGGGUUUUUGUGCCGGUCUACAUCUCCUCAGGGAUUGUCACCAUGCCUGAGUAUUUGGGUCGGCGCUUCGGAGGAGAGAGGAUCCGAACCUACUUGGCUGUCCUGUCACUGCUGCUGUCGGUCUUCACAAAGAUAUCGACUGACCUGUACUCCGGAGCCCUGUUUGUUCAGGUGUGCCUGGGAUGGAACCUCUACCUGUCCACUGUGCUCAUGCUGGUGGUCACCGCUCUCUACACCAUUGCAGGUGGUCUUGCAGCUGUCAUCUACACGGACACUUUACAGACAUUAAUUAUGAUUGUUGGUGCAGUCAUCCUAACAAUUACUGCCUUCGACAAGAUCGGUGGUUAUGCCAACCUGGAGCGCGUGUACAGCGUUGCCGUGCCAAGUAAGAUCAUCCCCAACAGUACCUGCCAUUUGCCACGUCCUGACGCCAUGCACCUGUUCAGAGACGCCGUCACUGGAGACCUGCCCUGGCCCGGCAUGACGCUAGGGCUCCUCAUACUGGCCACCUGGUACUGGUGCACUGACCAGGUUAUUGUACAAAGGUCCCUCUCGGCUAAAAACAUGAGUCACGUAAAAGGAGCAUCGAUCUUUGCGGCCUGUCUGAAGUUGCUGCCCUUCGUCUUCAUCGUCCUCCCUGGCAUGAUCAGCCGAGCCCUCUAUCCAGACUCUGUGGGAUGUGUGGAUCCACAGGAGUGUGUACGUGUGUGUGGAGCUGAGGUGGGAUGCUCAAACAUUGCAUUUCCUAAACUGGUCAUUGAACUCAUGCCAAGUGGGCUGAAGGGGCUGAUGAUAGCCGUGAUGAUGGCUGCUCUGAUGUCUUCACUCACCUCCAUCUUCAACAGCAGCUCCACGCUCUUUACCAUGGACAUAUGGAAGAAGCACCGCCCCCAAGCCGCUGAGAAGGAGCUGCUAUUGGUUGGCAGGAUUGUGACUGUAAUCUUGGUGGUGGUGAGUGUGGUGUGGAUCCCCAUCCUUCAGUCGGCCAACAGUGGGCAGCUGUAUGUUUACAUCCAGUCAGUCACCAGCUAUCUCGCCCCACCCGUGACAGCUGUCUUCACUCUGGCUGUCUUCUGGAAGAGGACCAAUGAGCAGGGUGCGUUCUGGGGCCUGAUGGUGGGUUUGGUGGUAGGUGUGUGUAGAAUGGUGCUGGAGUUCGCCUUCCCUCCCCCAAGAUGCGGCGUGGUGGAUUCGGCCCCUAUGGUUUUGCGUGGCGUGCACUACCUUCACUUUGCCAUUCUGCUCUGUGGGCUCACCGUGAUCGUGGUUACCGUGGUAUCACUGAUUACACCCCCCCCCAGCCAUGAACAGGUGUCUAACCUGACCUGGUGGACAAUAAGUGAAGAGCCACAAAGAGAAAUUCCUCUGCAAAAGGUAUCCUCUGUCAGCCACCGUCGCUCCCCGGGUACUGAGCGAACGUGCAUGGGGACGUGUGGGCAGGGUGCAGAAAUGUGCAUCUCAGCGUUACGCUGCACAGAGCAAACUCCGUCUCCCAGAGUUCCCAGCCUUCGAGAGAGUGUGUUCUGGUCCAGGUUCUGCUGCAUCAGUGCAAUCCUUCUGGUCAGCGUUAACUCUCUGGGUGAGCAGGGUAAGUCACUACAGCCUGAGCCAGAAAUGUUGGGUUACAGGACAGAAACCGAUAUGGUGCUAACGGUACAGCGGCUGGACAUAUUCUGCUGGAAAGAUGCCGACUCGGCCUCGGCAGCGGCCUUGCCAGGUCAAGGAGCUCGAACAGUCCAGCAGGUCGAUGAUGUCACCACGCCAGAAGUGGAGGUGGGCGGUUUGACGGGGAGUGUAGUCGCAGAGGGCGCGGGAAUGGAGGUGGGCCGAGGGGACCUCCUCAGAGCUGCUUUUGUAAGGGCUGGGAUAUGGAUUUCGUCCAGGAUCCGACUGCAGAUGGAGGGGCGAGGGAGGGUCUCGGAGGCACACCACUUUCUCCACGGCAAUGCUGUGAACUCGGUAGAAAUCCACCAAACGAUU